GAUAACUUGUAACACAAUCGAUGCGUACAAUUCAUCUUUUAUUUAUAUCAGCGAAUUAUGGUAUGUACGUAACACAUGUCUACGACAAUCGGACAAUAGGUUUUUUCUUCUACGCGGAUUGUGUUUUUGCGUGGCGAACACGGACUACAUCGCAGAUUUUCUCGUCUGUUUCAGACAUCUCCGAAUGGAACAUACAAGACAUUGUCGACGCGUACGAUUCUUCAUCCGACACGCCCAAGCAAUACACGUGCCCGUUCUGUAAGAAAACCUUUGCGCCGAAGAACCAGCUGAAGAAGCAUCUGCAAUUCGGUUGCAAGAUGAACCCGCGCGGCACGCAGUUCGCCUGUGCCUUCUGCCCGUACAAGAGCAUGUACAAGGCCAACAUGGAGAGACACGUUAGAAAUCUUCACAGCACCGACACCGUGCAGUUCCACUGCGAACUCUGCGACUUUCACAGCAAUUAUUCCUUUUGCGUGCGCAGACACAUGAAGACCUUUCAUCGCGCGAACUUCGACGAAACUACGAAACAGUAAAAAAGAGCGAGUCUUUUCUGUACAAUUAUUUUUUGUUGUCUCACGACUUUGAAAAGAUAUGUCAUUGUUCUUUUAAUAAUUUUUUUUUAUUGCAUUAUUUUUUUAAGCUUAAAAAUAAUUAAAUAGUAUUUUACUAUUCUUUACGCAUCUACAGUCUCCUAAUUAUUUUUUGUAAUUUAGCAGUAUUUUAAAGAAGUAAAAUAUGACGACACAUUAAGAGGUUUUUUAAAUAAGUCGAAUUUGAAACAACUAAGCAAAGUUUUUUUUUUAUUUAAAAAAAUUAGAAAAAAUUAAAAUAUUCGAAUUAGUAGUAAGGCGAUCUACAAAUAACGUCGAAUUUUUGGAGUAUCAUAUAAUAUAAGUUGUUUCAGAUUUACUUAAUAUCCAAUGUAAAAUUUAUUAGAAAAAAUCUUAUGAGAUUAAGUUAAUCUACAGAUUUGAAAAUAUAUUUGCAUCAGUGGCCUAGUAAGGGAGGGACGAGGAGGGCAAUCCACCCCGGGUGCCGUCUUAACAAGGGCGCAAUGGAAUAACAUGUAAACGCAUUUUUAUUGCUUGAAGCUCAAGCGUUAUUUAAUUAAAAAAAUUUUAUUUAUUAUAGUUUUACUUUUCCGAUUACUUGCGUAAUAAAGAUACGAAGUGUCUUUUUAUAGAAUUUGGCGUUUUUUAAAUCUAAUAUUAUUAUAGUUUUUAGUAUAGAAUGGAAAGACUGUUUUGUUUUUUCUUACUUAUUCUUAAGAGGAUACUUAAAGGAACCGUCCUCUUGUAUCAACAUAAUAGUACAAUAAUAGAUUUUGACAAUAUUUAAUCUUUUCGCUCCGGGACUGGUCCAUAUAUGGACCAGCAAGAAAAGCGAACGUAAUAGAUGUUUAUAAGGUCA